GGGGCUCCAAUCAAAGCCCAAUAAUGCUUCGUUGUUUGUAGAAGUCCACACUGCAAAUGCUUCUCUGCUCCGUCGUCAACAGACUUCCGGCCAAAAUCACGGCGUCUACUGCAAAUCAACAUCUCCGGAAUGAGUGCAGGGGGAGCAUUUGGUGGAAAUAGAGGACUGAGACCGGUUCCACCAGAGAAAGGAGUUUUCCCGUUGGAUCACAUGCAUUUAUGUGACCUGGAGAAGAAGGAAUACCUCAAUUGUCUUAAAUCCGCUGGGCAUAAAUCUGAGGAGUGUAGACAUCUCUCAAGAAAGUACCUGGAGUGCCGUAUGGAGAAGAAUUUGAUGGCAAAGCAAGACAUGUCAGAACUUGGCUUUGGCAAAAAUGUUAAUGCCGAAAGUAAAUCAGAGGAAAAGACAGAACAGACAGUAGAGAAAUGAAAUGUGAAUUACAUACUGUGGAUUUUUGAGGAGUGUGGCUGUAAAAUUCUACUUGCAAGCUGACCAUAGUCUCACCACCACAAUUUCUGUUACUUCUAUGUGGAGGUGCACAUUUUUCCUCUCACCCAUUUGUAAUGUUUCUAUUUCUUUCUUCUCCUGGAUCCUCUGUAACUAAAGGCAAAAGUGUAUAGUGAGAGGGAGAGAAACACGAAUUGAAAUGAGGAAAUGUUGUAUAAACCAGUAUUCUGCUGUCUGCAAAUCUGCUUUUUUGUUUAUGGAUUAUUUGUCUUUCUUCCUCUAAA